CUGGCAGUUCCAAGCUAGGUUCUGCCGGGUUCGGCUGCUCCCACAGGGAGGGAGAGAGGGAGCCGGGAGUCGAAGCCGUCCCUCUCCCCUUGCUCAGGCCCCGCCCCUCGGCUCCGGACCUCUCCUGGGCUCGCAGAUCUGAAGCUCCUCUGCGGCGGGGUCAGAACCAUUAAGUGUGUCUAGGGGGGUGAAAACUAGGCGUCCAGGCGCCCCGCCCCGUAGAGGUCGGGGGGGGGGGUCGGGGGAAACCAAGCGUCUUGGGCCCCUCGUGCCCCCUCAUGGAGGGGACCCCGGAGUGCUCGGCUCCCGACCUGAGGGACGUGGAGGGCAAGGUGGGCCGGAAGACGCCCGAGGGGCUGCUCCGCAGCUUGCGGAGCGAGGGAGAGCCGGGCUCCGCGCCGCUGCCGCCUCCCCGAGAGCCGCCAGAAGCCGGCCGCGGCCUCGGACUGGGCGACAAGGUCACGGCGCUGAGGCUGGAGCUGGCUUACCUUCGAGCCAUCGAUGUGAAGAUCUUGCAGCAGCUGGUCACGGUGAAUGAGGGCAUUGAGGCUGUCCGCUGGCUGUUGGAGGAACGAGGGGCACUGGCUAGCCGCUGCAGCAGCCUCACCAGCAGCCAGUACAGCCUGACAGGGGGCAGCCCAGGGGCCUGUUCCCACCGGGGCAGCUGGGAGAGUCUGCCCGACCCCACCCCUACCACCACCACAGCUGCAGCUGUGGACCGGCUGGACAGCGUCUCCAUUGGCAGCUACCUGGACACCCUGGCCUCAGGGCCCGAGCCAGAUGAGGAGGGGCUCUCUGAGGCUGGCACCCAACAUCCUCUGCCUGGCAUGGCCUGGGCAAAGGCCCCUCCCUUAGAGGAGAGGCCCUGGACAGAGACUGACAUGGCGUUGGGGGUCAAGUCUGGGAGGAAACCUCCUGGAGAGGAGGUACCUGAGGAUGCCAGGUCUGGCUUCAACUAUGGGACCCACUGGUACUGGGGACAGUGUCAAGAUGAUGUGACAUUCUUGUAGCAACUCUAAGCCUCUCAUCUGCCCCAAUCUGUCCCCUUCCUUUCAUUCUCUGAAAUGAGGAGACAGUAUGAUUUCAAAGGUCCCUUCAGAUUUAAAUUUAUGACCUGAAGGCCUGGGGGAAGAGAUUGGAAACUAGGCGCUAAGAUGCUCCUCAGGCCAGCCUCCCUCCCUCCCAACUCUUCCCUCACAAGAGGUACUGUCUCCUGUGUCUUGUCCCCCUCCUUCAGGGAUGGCAACAUUGGUCUAGCAAGGGCCCUGCCUGAUUUAGGGGAGGCUGGUGGGAUGGGAGCCAGAGAUGGGUUAAUAUUGCCCCCCCCAAACUAGACUCCUCUAAGUGGGAGGUGGGAAGAGCCAGUGUGGAAGCUCUUUACCACUCUCUACAAAGUCACCUAGAUUACUGGGUGGUGACUCACCCCUUCCCUGCAUCAGGGAUAGCAUCACUGUCUCUGGAGGAGUUGGGGGGCACCUCCCAAACCUACCCCCAGGGGCUACCUCUUCCCACUGACUGCAAGAUGGGGACAGUUGACUAGGUCAACAUCACUUCCUGGUGGUCAAGUUUCUCCUUGACCCUUCCUGGGAAUGACAGGCCUCUUCUGCCUCCUACGGGCUCCAUCUUCUUAGGAGUAAUGCCACAGGGCUUGCUGUUGGUAGGGGCCUCAUUUUCUAUUGGUCUCAACCUCACAAGCAGAUGGGAAGGAACCUUGUGCUGCUAUUCCCCUCUUCCUGCUGAAGGUGGGGAAGAGGUGCAGGAUUCUGCCUCAGUGGUUGAGGCUGGCCUAACCUGGCCCUCCCCCCCAUUUGUAUGCCAAUUCAUGACCCUUGGUGUCUCUGUCCAAUCUCUGUACCAUGGAUCUUGAGCCUCAGGGUGGGGGGAGGGAGAGGGGAGGGAGCAAGGCUCACAAUCCUCGGUUUCAAUAAAGUCCAUUGUUGCCUGA